AUGACUGAAUCUAGUGAACCAGUGAUCCAACAGAUAGAACCACCCCCCACCAGAAAUAACCAAGGACCUGCGACCAUACCCCCAUUUGGUAUGCCCCAAAGCAUGGGACUGCCAAGAGAAACACCACAGCCCAGAGCCAUGGCAACUCCUAGCCAGGCCGUCCAAGUCCCGACGAGUGCCUCACUGGCACGUCUGGGAGCAAACUUCUCACCAGACCAGAUGCGCAUGGCCCUGGAAGUCUUGACCUUCCUCACUCAAACAACCCCCCAGGUUAGGAGGCAGCCUCCGGAGAUUGAGGUCGAUCAGAGGAGAAAGCGCCCGAGGCCGCAAAUUAGCCCCACUGUCUGGAGGAGGAAUUUGCAACCGGAAAUGGAGGAAGCAGAAGGUCAAGAGCAUGAAGCAGAAAGCAUCACACCUAGCAAAGCUCAACCCAGGGCAAGAACAGAGCAAGUGCUCAGCCCAAGGCGUCAUUCCACGUCAGGUAUACCGAAUCCCAUCCGAGCUAUAGUUAGGCCUGAUAAUUCCCCUUUUUGUGAUGAGAUACUUUCUGAGAGGAUGGAAAAGAUAAAAAUGCCCACAUGCAAGUACUCUGGGAAAACAGAUCAUGUCAAUCACCUCUCAGCCUUUGGGGGACAUAUGAUGCUUUACACAAAUACAGAUUCUAUGUGGUGCAAAGUGUUCCCUUCUACACUGGAGGGGAUAGCACAGAGUUGGUUCGAUAAGAUACCCAAAGGGACGAUAACUUCCUUUCGGCAGCUUUCCAUCUUGUUCCGUACCCAGUACGUUGCUAAUAUUGCAAGAGAAAGGAUGACAGGAGAAUUGAUGUCAGUCGUCCAAGGACAGCAUGAAUCUCUGAGAGAUUACAUAUCCAGGUUUAACAUGGAGGCAUCAAACAUACCCAAGCUGCAGCAAGAGGUGGCAGUCCUGGCCAUGAUGUCUGGUCUGCGCGAUGGAGAAUUCAAGAAUUAUCUGGGUAGGAAGUCAUUCACAACCCUGGCAGAGGUAUUGGGGAAGGCAAAUGAAUUCAUCAAAAGCGAAGAAAUAGGUAAAGCAACCUCACGCAGGUAUGUGGUUAGCGAGAAUAAUUACAGCGGCCAAAACAAGAAAGAACCAUACAGGAAGGAAUACCCAGACAAGAGAGAUAACCAGCAGCCCAGAAAGGACUGGCACGGACCUGGCAGAAGCAGAGGUACUGAGUUCAAAACUGAGAAAAGAGGCAAAUUCAGUGAGUAUACUCCCUUGGUCGCAUCCAGAACUCAAAUCUUCGCUAUCAGUAAAGAGGAUGAGAAAUGGCAGAGGCCACCCAAAAUGUACAACAAGUACAGGGAUACGAAGAAAUAUUGUGAUUUCCACAGGGAUCAUGGCCACCUCACAGAGGAAUGCACCCACCUGAAAGAUAAUAUUGAAGAUCUGAUUCGUAGGGGAUACCUAACACAGUUUAAAGCAAAGAGCUCUUACAGCAGAACUUAUGAAAACAAAGAUGGAGGCAGUAAGUUUGAAAACAGAAAGGCGGACUAUAAGCAGAAUGACCCAGCAGACCAGAAAAGGUCAGAGGAUAUACUAGUCAUCACAGGUGGACCAGUAUACGCCGGAACCACACCGAGCGGAGCUAAGGCCAGUGUGAAUGAAUUCAGGCAUCAGGUAAAUUAUCAAAACUCAGGAAAAUGGCCUGCCCCUCCAAAGAUCCCCCACUGUAUCUUCACAGAAGAUGACUGCAAAGGCAUCAUUUAUCCCCACGAUGAUCCAAUGGUACUGGCUUUACGUGUUGCUAACAGGAAAAUGCAUCGUAUUCUGAUAGAUGGAGGUAGUUCUGCAAAUAUUUUGUUUUGGCCAGCCUUUCAGGAGUUGCAGAUCGAUGACAAGCACGUCAAACCAGUUAACUACCCGGUGAUUGGCUUCACAGGAGAAACAGUGAUACCCGAGGGAAUUGUUAGCUUACCGGUGCAGAUUGGGCAGGGUAAGGACAUCAAGAAUGUCAUGGUAGACUUCAUGAUUGUGAAAGUUCCUGCAGCCUACAACGCCAUUCUGGGCAGACCAUUCAUUCAUGACGCAGGGGCCGUAGUUUCUACUUAUCACCUCACCAUGAUGUAUACGACAAAUGAUGGCCGCUCAGCCAAGGUCAAAGGCAGUCAAGAGCAGGCUAAGAAGUGCUACCACACAGCGCUAAAACAACCACCCUGA